AUGAGCGCCACGUCCGACGAGGAGCGAGUGAGAGCGUGGGAUGACGCUGCCGCGAAUAGAUGUGAUGAAGACAGGGAGGAUGGCGUAGGUGAGAACCCCGCAAGAGCGAUCUUGCAGGUCACCCCUGUCCCUCAUAGUGAUGUGCGCACUUCACCUCUGGCCCCUAGAAGACCCCGUACUGCUCAGGUGCGUAACAAGUCGAUAUUCGGCAGGCAGCAGCGCUCCGUGGGAGAACACUGCGUAGGAAGUCAGCUAGGAAGCAGCGAAGAACGACGUCGUGACAUCAGUGCAGCGCACUUCUUCAACCCUCAAUAUCGGUCAGAUCUGCCACAACAGGCGAUCUGUCACUCGCGGACCCUGCGACUGCGGCGCCUCUCGCAGGCUCCACUUCCCACUCCGCUCAGCACAGUAUCCGCGGAGGAGCAACCCUAG